CUAGGAUAUAUUAGUAUGCAUUUUGCGAAAAUAACAUACGAAAUGGGCAAAUGACUACAAAAAUGCAUAUUUUUCCUCUACUUUGGAGCAUUUGAAUUAGAUGACUAUUUUGGGAAUAAGGCAUAAAAAUAAUUACGCAAAUAAUGUAGUGAUUUUACAAAUUUUAUGUUAGGUAGUCAAACAAUGCAACACAGUGUACUGAAAGCAAAGUUACAACUAAUUUACACAAAUUAAGUAUAAUAAUAUACACACAUAUAGUCUUAUCACUACAAUAAUUUUACUUAAUAAAAACUUAUUGAUAAAAUGUUGAUUCCAAAAAAGAUUAUUGUAAUAAGACAUCUAAGCUCUCGGAAUGUUAGCAGUACCAGCCGAAGCGAGCACCCAAUAAUAAUGUCCAAUCAUCUAAUUACUAGAUAGUGCAAUAAUAUUAUAACAAUUUACAAAACAAUUAUAGUAAUUUAAGAAGCUUAUGUAUAUUAAAAGAUCAUUAUAAAUAUUUCUAAUUUACAAAUUACAGGACUUUAGUGUCACAUUUAAUAUUUAUAUCAAACAAAUAACUUUAUAAAUACAAUCUUCUGAUGUUGUUAUUUAAUUUAAAUUACAGGACAAGGAAAAAAUGCACUUUUACAAAUAAAGAUAAAAUUCAAUACAACUUGCAUUUUUCAUGUGUAGGAACAAGAUUUCUUUUGGCAUUUGCUACUGAGCUUUGAAGCAUUCAUUUAGCCAAAACAGUUCCAUAGUUUAGCUAGAAAUUGUGCUUAUAAUGCUGGUAUUUAUCAAUAUUUGGUUUUAUGUAAUAAAUAAGCAUUCUCUGUUACUUUGUAACUUGACUUGUCAUUUAGUUUACAAUAAUAUGCUUCUCAAGUUUCAAUAAAUUCAUAAAUAAAAAAAAUAUAAAUUGACAAACCAUGAAAUCAUAGUGUUAUGCAAAUUCAUUGCCUCUCAGAGGUUACAGGAUGCCUUAUAAGUAUUAUCUUAUUCUUAAGGCACAAUUGACAAAUCAUAAGCAAUGAAAAAAUUGUUACCAUAACCAGUAGUUACAGUAUAGUUUAUGUGAACACCACAAUUUGAAAUACAAUCUCUUACUUUAUAAAAGAGGAAAAUAAAUAAUAAAAGAGGGGGAUGCACUGCAUCAAUUGUUGUCACUUGCAAAUACUUUUAAAUUAUUCUUAGGCCCUAAUAUAAUAAAUCUGUUAAAAGUUACAGCUCUGUCUCAGAUGCAGGGUAGUGAGCAUUCCAGCGUCUGUAAAUGAAAAUACCAAUGGCUCCCACUAAAAGGGCAACCAAUAUUUCGGUGAGCUGAUCCAAAAAGCUAUUGGUGGGUUCAGAUGACUCUAAAACUUGAGGUUCUGGCUCAAUAACAGGUUCUUCUGGGGGUUUAGCAGUCUGCUCCUCUUCAGCUUUGAAAGCAAUCUGAUUUAACACUGACUUUUCUUCCUCAGUGAUUGGUUUUGCUGCCGUAGAUGAUAAUAGAGCAGAUAUUUCACCACAUUGUGGGCACACCCAAGUUACAGACUUCUUCGCAAGUACUUUACGCUCUGCAGGCGAAUAGUCGAGCGACCCAAUAGUACCUUCAGCUGGAGUUGGCAUAAAAGCAAUCAAAGCCAAUAAAGCAGUUCUUAUUGACCACGAUGGUUGCCAAGUUUCUGGGUGAUGACCAGAAAUCGAUAAACAAAUCUUUUUGUUAACUUCGAAUCUUCCAUUUGGCGUCAAAAGUAUUAUAUGAGGCGGGUGCAUAGGGUAUUCUUUAGGCAAUAAUAUUCUACCAUGGUAGAUACCACCCUCAAAAUCUGUACCUUUGGGGCCUUGUACGGUGAAAUGCCAUUCAAACAAGUUAUCUUCUAAAGGACGUGCACAAUAUUCCUCUGUGGCCUCCGCUAGCUCCAUGGCCUCUCUCAUUAGACGUUUCACACCAGGACAUUUUGUGUUGUAUUUUUCACUUAUUUCUGCCAUAUUCUACACAAUAUACAACAAGUAGGAAUAACUUAUAGAUGAUUAUUGUAAUGACGCAACUGAAAGGCAGAGGUACACGUAUGUUAUUGAUGUAAUCACAGGAAAAUUUGAUAACAAAAUCCUUUUGUAUAUGGCCACCAAAUUUGUCAAAAAUGUCAGGUGAUUGACAGUUUAAUGCAAACUGCUAGCAGCUGACCAAAUUGCUCUGUUGCAAAUGGCAAUAUUUUUAAAAUCUCUAAACAAAAUAAAAAAUUGAACUGUCAAGUAGAGAAAUCACAGAGUAUUUUUGGGGCAGCAGAAAUUGUUGAUUGUGAGAGUUGUGGAUUUUUGUUCACACUAUUAUUACGUUUUAUUAGAAAAUAAUAAUGUGGAAAAGAUGUAAUAAAUUGUUGCCAUCAAUAUUACUAUCAGUGUUAUGUUAACUACAUAAUUGUGUGCUAAGCUUGCGUUAAUUAAAAACAACACAUAAUCGGCAACAUGAAAGAGCAUCAGCUAUACAUGGCGAGGAAUUCUGCAUUCAGUCCCUAUCGUCUGAGGGACCAUGAGAUGGGCUAUCAAACUACUAUUGGAUCAGGUGAUGCGAUUGCCAAGAGCCUUUAUUGCGGUAUUAAACCUGUCGCAUCAUGGGAAGCUGAUAGAACGAAGACUCCUCCGACUGGUGGUAUUUUCAACCUUGAAUUUUCCCCGGAUGGGGCAUUAUUAGUUGCAGCUUGUGAAAAGAAAUCAAUACAAAUAUUUGACCCCCUCAACCGCGAGAAGAUACAUACAGUAGUUGGAUCUCAUGCUGAUUGUGUUAACUGUGUUAAGUUCCUCGACGGCCGUAUGUUUGCAACAUGUUCAGAUGACACUACAAUAGCAUUAUGGGACGUUCGAAAUCUCAAAAAGAAAAUACGGACACUACUAGGUCAUUCAAAGUGGGUGAAAAAUAUAGAAUUCUCAGUUAAAGACAAAUUGUUAGUCACAUCUGGGCUAGAUGGCAGUAUAUACACAUGGGACAUCAAUUCCUACACAGAGUACAACCUUAUAUACCAAAGAGUAUUUCAUACAUCAAGUUUGAUGCGAUGUCGACUGUCUCCAGACUCCAGGCAAAUGAUAAUGUGUACGACUGGAGGACUUAUUAUAAUAAUACAUGACCUGAAUCUAAAUACUCUAUCUCAAGAUUUACAUGGAUUUAAGCCAAAUUUAUAUAGGUUGAUGCAAAUGAGCAGGCAGCCUAUACCAAUAGCCGCGAUGUACGAUCAUCUCUUCGACAGUAGUCGCAAGGAAAACCGCGUGGAAUUCAUAUCAGACUUCCCUGAUGGCAAUGAUGCUGAGGUGGUCAGUUCUCUACAGGUUCAUCCUCAGGGUUGGAGCGCUUUGAGUAGAAAUAUUAGUCACGAUGACAAAUCAGAGUGGACAUGUAUCCACGAUAUCCAGACUAUUCCUGACGCGAGUGAUAAAAGUACGCGAGACACCUCGCCCUCAGGCGGAGGCACAAUGCAUCCAGGAACACGACCCGUAAGGCGGCGCCCGAGGUACUACAGAACGAACAGAAUGCAUCACAUCAAUCCAAUGACGAUGACUCACGUAAACUUAACUAUGGACGGUGAGGUCGUGGGCCCGGGGCCCAGCUCGUCGCGGAACGCGCCUGUCCACCCCAGCACGAUGCAGCCUUCCCGUCUUUCCGGGGGUAUGUCUGGUAUACAGAAUGACCUGUGGGAGGCGGCCAUCACGGUCAAACAGCAGAGAAUACUGCAGGAAAUGUACCACAGAGGGCAGGUGCGGCGUAAUUUCAACAUGCAGCGUAUAACUGGCAUCAAUUCGGGCAUCAAUCCUGCUACACCGGUUGCGCGGCCCGUGCUCAAUCGUAGGCUUGGCGAUGGUGACCCGCCGAGAAAUAUAACGCCGUCGACGUCUGGGCAGACACCGCCGCGCGACCCUGAACCUAACGACAACCAUAGCAAAAAUACCAUCAGACAAAACAAAGAGCGGCUACUAUACUUUAAAGAGGAAACAAAUGAAGGAAAAGGUUUUAUAAAAGAACUAUGUUUCUCGUCGGACGGUCGCAUCGUGUGCUCUCCCUUUGGCCGGGGAAUGAGACUUCUUGCCCUCAAUGAGGACUGCUCAGAGCUCCCCUACACGGUACAGAAUGUCACCGCGCCCACACAACUGACGGAGAUAGGCCAGAGUCUCGGCAUCCAUCAGGACCUUGUUGUCAGCACCAAAUUUUCACCUCGCUACCACAUGCUCGUCACAGGCUGUUUAGAAGGCAAAAUAGUGUGGUACCAACCCUUCAGUGGAGAAUUCUAAUACAAUUAUUGUAUGAAUGAUUCUGUACUUAUCACAAUAUUGACAUUUUAACACUGCCUCAGCUUUUCCAUAUUCCCUGACUUUUCAGUCAGUCUGACAUACUUAAACUGUGACUGAAAUAGUUGCUGAUAAAAAAUCAUGAUAAUAUUUGACUUUAGCAUCCAUUACAACAAAUAUAGUGAUUUACAAUCAGUCUCAGUUAAGUAGAAGGCUUGAUACUUACGUUUACAGAUAAUUAUUUUAGAUAAUUUUCUUUUAGGUAGAAUAUCAGUAUGAAAAACUUUGCCAUUUUUGCAUUUGGAUGUCUGUAAUCAGUAGAGUUUAGUCACUUACCUAAAUUCUGCAGUUACAAUAGUCACAUUUUAUUAUGAGGAAUUUAUAUAUAAGGCUGAAUAUAAGUGUAUGUAGUCGAAAUGUCUGUCGCGCUCUGGUGAACGCGGUCGUGAGGGCGAUAACUGGCAAUGAUCGAAUGUAGUUUUUAGAUGAUAUUUAUCAACAACUCUUGUAUAGAUUUGAUAUAUAUGUAGUAAAUGUUCUCAAAUAAUCCUUGGCAGCUAGAGCGCCUGUAAGGUUGAGAUAAUGCAGUUAUUACUUAAUAAAACUUUUAAUUUACCGAGUGACUGAGUUUGUUUUGCCUAUCGCCAUUUUUUUUUUUAAAACGUUGCCCCACACUAGGAUUUUCUCCUGUGUCAUGGCGUUUACAAACAUACAAUUUCACAUGCACAUCACACCCAGACCCGGAACAACAAUCUG